GUCAAGAGGUUUGUGAAGGUUAAUUGAAGACUUUUCAGAAAAAAAUCGUGUACCUGUGCAAAGUGUGUUCUGUUCCUUCGUGUGAAUGCAUUACUACUAUAAAUAGAAAACUAAUUGUGAAAGAAGUGUGCUUAUGUUACGGAAUAUUCUGGCGCCAUCCUAUCGUAGGUGAACUACCGUUCGUUAACGAAGGUGGACUGUGUAAUAGGAAUUAAUCAUGUCCCACCACAGCGAUGACAACAUGCUGAUAGCGACGAGCGACUCCUUCUGGGAGCCAGGCAACUACAAGCGUACCACCAAGAGGAUCGAGGACGGCUACAAACUGUGCAACGACCUCAUGCAGCUGAUCCAAGAGCGAGCGGACAUCGAGAAGGCGUAUGCCAAGAGUCUCAAAGGCUGGUCCAAGAAGUGGAACGACCUCAUAGAGAAGGGCCCCGAGUAUGGUACGACGGAAGCGGCGUGGAAGGGUGUGUUAGUAGAAUCGGAUAGAUUAUGUGAUUUACACUUGAAAGUUAAAGAUAAUCUUUGUAACGAUGUUAUGCAGCAAGUAAAAACAUGGCAAAAGGACACGUAUCACAAGAGUAUGAUGCAGAUAAAGGAGCGAAAAGAAAUGGAAGACUCUUUUAAAAAAGCCCAGAAGCCUUGGUCGAAACUGUUGGCGAAAGUAAACAAAGCCAAAGUGGACUACCACACCUCCUGCAAGACGGAAAAAUCCGCCUCCAAUCAAGAGAGAAACGCCUCGGCUGACAGUUCGCUCUCGCCUGACCAGGUUAAGAAAAUGCAGGACAGAGUUCAGAAAUCAAAAGAAGAGGUCCAGAAGGCUAAAGAGAAAUACGAGGCUGCUCUUGAUGAAAUAAAUGCUUACAAUCCAAAAUACAUGGAAGAUAUGACUGUUGUGUUUGAAAAGUGCCAAGAAGUGGAAGCACAGCGAUUACACUUCUUCAAGGAGAUUAUGUUUGGCAUUCACAAGUGCCUCAAUGUGUCUCAGGACCCAGUGCUUCCUCAAAUCUAUGAAGAAUUCUACCACACAAUCAACAAUGCUGACCAUGAGAAAGACCUCAAGUGGUGGUCCAAUACGCAUGGGGUUAACAUGGCAAUGAAUUGGCCUUAUUUUGAAGAAUACACUGAGGAGUUCAGGGACAUAGCGAAGGGCAAGUCUAAGGAAGCGAUCCCUAUGGGGAUAACUCUGAUCAACCAGCGACCUGUUGGAGAGGACUUGCAUGUAAACCCCUUUUUUGAAUAUCCACCACCGAAUAAUAAAACAGCAAAGAAACCAGCAGCUUCUACUGGUCGUGUUAUUUCUGAUGUAACACAAGAAAGCAAAACGGAAGCUAAUAAUUCUUCAAAACCUAAGGACAAACCUGACACUGCAAAUAGAAGUUCAACUAUAACGAAUGGUACGAGGCAAGAAGCCAAUCCUUUUGAGGAGGAGGAAUGGGAUGAAGAGGGCGGGGAGGCGUUAGUGGACAACGGAGAGCCUGGUGUUCCAGUCAAGGCCCUCUACGACUACGAGGGUGCAGAGUCAGACGAGCUCAGUUUUAAACAAGGUGAUGUUUUUGAAAAACUAGAAGAUGAAGAUGAACAGGGGUGGUGCAAGGGAAGAAAAGACGGACGUGUGGGACUGUACCCUGCAAAUUAUGUUGAAUUAGUGGCUCAGUAAUUAAAUAUCUGUGACUGAAAUUUGUGAUGUGUUUCCUUGUUGGAUGUCGUAGCCCAGUUACUAUGCAAAAUGAACAGAGAUGACCAGUAAUGAUUAAUACUCACAAAAGAAGGAUUGCAAUCUUUCUGUAUACGUAUGUACAUUAUGAGUAAAUGUAAGUUGGAGAAUGUGGAGAAGUGAGGAACAACACCCAGGAUGUAGUUUUAGAUUGACCUGUCUUCCGAUUUUGCUCACCCUUCUUCCAUUCAACAUUCAGGUCUAGGUACAAUGGGAGAUUGUCUCAACUAAAACACCUCACCCACACUGAAAAUAUCAACAUUGACUUGUGGGCGUGAACGUAUUAUCAUAAGUUAGAUCUUAGAGUUGACAAUGCGUGUGGAGAGAAACGAACAUUUGAGAUCAACAAUAACACAAGAAGUUCAGACUUUAUAUGUAUAUAAUAUGUAUGAUUUGUGUGUUUCUUGCCAUAAGAGAGUUAUUUUCAACCAAGUUUGUUUUUAAUUUUUCAUCAAAAGAAUUUAUUGGAAUGAGGUUUUUUUAUUUGUAAAAAUACACACUAGCACAUACAAGUGUGAUUUUCUUCCUGAUAAUGUUAAUUUGAAAAUUUAAAGAGUUGUUAACUUUAAUGUCAUAUCUAUUUAUAACAUUUGUGUAUAUUUAAAGCAUCAUGAAUGAAUAGCAUGGCGACAAGCUUUUGCAUUUACAUUCUGGUUUCUUUUUGGAUGAGGCCUAACACUGACUAAAUAGUUCCUGUGGAAUUAGAAAUAACACACAGGAAAUGCUGAAGUAUGAUUUCGGAACCUUCCUUUGUCAACUUUGUGUGGUAGGGUCAUAUACUGCAAAUAGCCCUGCACUAAAGACUAUGGUCAUCUCGUUUAUGUAGAAAUUGUUCCACAUGUUCAUUUUGCAGCUUGGGUUUAACAAGGAUUAAAAAGUGAGAACUGUGAAAAGCAAGUGAGAAAGAAGUGUGUUUGCUAAGAGACACUCAUGUUAAAGUAUUGUAUUAAAUAAAAUUCCUACAUUAAUGAAGAACUGAGGAAAGCUCCUUGUGUUCUUGCAUCAGUGUUUGAUACUGCUACGUACCAGUUUUUAGUACCAAUCUACUCUACACAGGAUCACUGUGCUAUCGAGUUGAGAUGUUCCCUAGAUUGAAAUUUUAUUUAAAUGCACUGCUGUGUUCAGCGUCUUUGGUUUUGUAGAACUUGUCUGUAACAUAUAAGUACUCUUAAUAGUUUUCUUCUGUAUUUAUUAUUUGACAAAACAAGUAAUUGAAACAUCUACCAUGUUAUAUGUUUCUAUAUAUAAAUAUACUUCACAUAUAUAAAAGAAAGCAAGACUGUACAUAUAAUUCUGUCUAAUAGCAAUUAGUUCUCUUCAAUUACUUGUUUUGUUGAAUCAAGUAUUAUUCUACUAACUUUUGCUGUACAUUAUCUCUUGUUUUAUGUAUUUUUUGAUUUUAUGGAUUUUUUUAUGGGAAUGUAAAUGAAGUGGUAAUAGUUCAUUGCAUGAUGUAGUAGGAAAAUUGACGUACCGUUACACUAUAUUUAAUGUACAUUUUCCCCUGUCUCUGUCUCUUUACCUCUGAAUACUGUAUUUCUGAAAAGCUAAUGAAUGUUUGUAUUUUGAGAAAUGUAAAUUCUCUAGAGUACUUCUUCAGCAACUUGAUAGCAGUGAAGUUUGUGUUGAUGCAAUAAUGUAGGAAGAGGGGACUUGUAGUUAUGUACAAAACUCAAUAACAAAGUCAUGGCUAAAUUUUAUUAUUUUUGUUAUAUACCUUAUUGUUCUUUUAAUUGCCUCUCCUGUAGUGGUAUUGUUUUGCAUAUUUCAAGUCUAAAUCAGACAGCAAAUGUAGCUUGGUAGUCUAGAAGAGGGUUGUCUCAAUACUAAUAAAAAAAAAUCUUGUUUGGCUCUCACAGCAACAUUCAAAUUCUAAACGUUUGAUAAAAAAAUUAUGCAUUCAUCCAUGAUCAUGAUGUGGAUAAUAAUCAUUUCAUCCACAAAUAUCUACGAAAACAAUGCAAAAACUUGUUUUAAAUAUUAGAUUGUUUUUAUGAUGGCAGAUGAUAACAUCUCAAGGCGAAAGACUUAUUUCUUUUCUAGUCACAAUAUUGUUGUCCACAAAAACUAUAAAAACAUUUAAGGAAAGCAUUUUCUCUCGUUACCUAAAUGGAUUUGUUAUAUUUAAUUAAAAUUUUAUUACUUACAUUUACAAACUGUGGUGGGUAAGUAUAAAACUAGUUUCAUUGUAUUUCGUAUCUGUUCUGUCAAUGGCUACCCUAAUCUAGACCACUAAAGUUGUCACAUAAGGUUAGCAUUUUUGUGACAUAUUUGUAAUGCAUGUUACAUUACUAUUGUAUAUAGUAUUCAAACGAUUCGUAUUAAUAAAUGACCACAUAGCAUGUUAAAUCCCAAGAAAGCUGCAUAUUUCAUUGACAUGCUUCAGCAUAAAUAUAUUUUGACUAAGUGCUUUAUUAGCCGAGAAUUAAUUACUAAAGUAAGAAAAUUUGUAUUGAAUCCUCUAUGUAUGAAUCAAGAAAUUUAUGUGAGUUUAGGGAUUUCAGAAUACCAGGAAAUAGAACUAUAUUUCUAUAUUGAUGGUACAUUCCAUCAACUGACUUUAUUUUUACAUCUUUCUAGAUAUUGCUGUAUUUCUCUUAAGCCAUGGAGUAAACCACUAUGCUGUGUCUUUAUAGAUCCCAAACACCAUGUGUGGUGGUAAAGGCAUUGAAAUUAUAUUCACCACAAUGAAGUGUUCAACUUUUGUUUCAAUAUGGAAAUUGUUAUAUAUAAUUAGACUGCUUCUGAUAUACUAAUGUUUGUUAAAAUAAUAUUUGUGGUACAAAAUCAUUUAUUUCUCAACCAACAAUCGAAAUAUUUUGACAGUAAGAUAACUUAGUGAAAUUUAAAUGAAGUGGCAGCUCUGUUAAUGGCCAAUCAGGGCCAUUUCAACAUUAAAUAUUUAUUUACACUAAAUAUUAGAAAGUGGUAGAAAUAUUGAGAUUGAUUGGUUGGAAAAAUGAUUAUUGAUUUCAAUUAAGAAUCUGUGAUGGAAAUAAAAAUUGUUGUGUUUAAAAUUUUUGCAGGCUGUAUGCAUUGGUUGUGCAAGAUUUUAUAAUAGUAUAUUUAAUUUUUCAUGAGUAUUGCAAAAUACACAUAUGUUCUUCAAAGCUUGUAAAUAUAUUUAAACAAUAAGUACACCUUGCACACAUACGAUGGGAAAGAAAAUUGACGAAAAGGAUAUGAAAAUGUGAUUCUUGAAGCAAAUGAUACUUUUUAGGUACCUUUCUUUUCUUUUAUUAUUUUUUUCUUGUUAGAAGGUAUGUAACAACAAAUUUGCGUUUUUCUCAAGCAGAUAUUUUUUAACUUGCAAGAUCAUGGAAGCAAGUUAGAGCAAGAUAUACACUAGUGGAUAGAGAGUCCAUUCAAAAAUAAUUAUUUACAACGCAUUUGCGAGAGACACAAAUGCAAAAUAGGGUCUCAUAUGUAGGGUUUUAAGUAAUUACAUGAAUUCAUUUUCAUUUCAGGUGAGGAAAAUACAAUUGUUAAUAUGACAUAAGAUCUACAAUAGACUAGUUUUUGUACUAGUUCCAGCAGAUCACAUAUCGAGGGAAGGAAAAAUGAAGGCAUAAAAUGAAGUUUAUAUAAAUUAUUUACACAAUUAGCAUGAGACAACAUUUAAAAAGAUUAACAUUAUAGAUAUUUAUUUAUGAGAUUUUAGAGUGAUAGCUAAUAAGAGUCAAAACUUCGUACUCUGAGUAGUUGGUAAAUUGGGCGACACCAUGAUGACCAUGAGAUUGUCAUUACUGCUCAAUACUUUUGCUGGCUCUUUAAGUAUCCUUUUUGAAUAAUGUUCAUAACCUUUCGUUGUGUGGCCAAUACGGAAAUUACUUAUGCUUCUGGUAAUAUAAAAUGACUGCACUGCAGAAUUCACGAAGAUAUGUUCUAUUUAGACCCUUGAUAAUAAAAUUAUAAUAGUCUGAUAUAAAAUGUUCAAGAGUUUGCCAAGAGAAGGAUGUGGUUAUCGAGUGACAAGAUCUUUUGCUCAGGGGAAAUGUUGCACUCAAAAUGAAGAGGUUUUGAAAAUAAAACAUUUGUUUAUUCUUAAAUCCAUAAAAAAAUGCAUGACUUCUGUUCAGUGUGUGCUAUGUGUUAGAUGAAAUAUAGUGGUAAAGAGAAAAUAAGCUACUAUUAAUAUACUAAUAUUAUUGAAAAAAUUGAAUUGAUCCUUUUAACAUUUACCCAGGGUCGGAAUUAGAUACUGUGAGGACUAUCAUUUCAUUAUUGUACUAGGGCACACCUUCAGAAAAAUAUCUUUCACGGUUAUAAAAAAGCUUUAAUUCUGAAAGAAUAGUAAUUUACAUCAUAAGGCAAGAAAGUCUACCUUUUCAUGAUGAGACUGGCGAAUUCAUCUGCUGAGGCUGGC